GUUUGCCAAGAUCGAAAGCCUUGUUUCCUCAUCCAUUCCAUUAUAUAAACAAGUGAAGAUAUAAAGUGCAAAUGUAAAGAACAGACACCUGCAAUCAGAAAAGAACGCGUACGAUUUCGUCAGAAGAGCACAAAGUACAAGUAGGAACAGGCCCUGAUAAGUCACGUCAGAUAAGAUCGUACGGAAUAGUACAUAGGUCUUGGCGAAGUACGAUUCACAUUUUAGAUCGGAUUUGAGUGAAUAUGAUGCUGAAGAUUUGUUUGUAUGUCUCCUGUGUUUCUAUGGCAUUGGCUGCGACGACAAAGCAUCCACAUCCUCAUUCCACACACAUGCACCACACAGGAACGCACCCCACACAUGAGCCAUCAGUAUCCGAGUCUUUCUUUUUCUACUAUGACUACCACACGCAUACUCUACUAGUCAGAGCAUCCAGACAUAAGUGCUACAUCUAUCAGACGAGCGCACAGGAACAGGUAGAUGUUCAUUCAUCACAUGGACUCCAUACGAUUGAGAAAAAUGUUAUCGACACCAUCGACUCCAACGCUCCUAUGACGACUGUAACGCACGAUGAUUUGGUGGCCAUGAGUAACAUACUGGGAAAAAAGUGUGGCGAGAUGAACACAAUUUAUCAGAUUAACUAGGCUGUCCUGGACCAAAGCCACCAUUCACUUGUUAGAAUCAGUUGUGGAAUGAAAAGGCGUGAUGUUA